ACAUGCAAAUAAAAAGAGGAAAUAGUUGGAUGGGAACUUCAAAAUCACAUGACUGGUGACUAAGUCCUCCUUACUGUUGAGUCCCAAAGUCUUCCUGGCGAGUUUAAAGUAUCGGAGAUAUUAAAUCAUGUUGCCAUUUAUUCUUUUUUCGACGCUGCUUUCUCCCAUAUUUACUGAAUCUGAGAAGCAACAGUGGAUCUGCAACUCCUCCGAUGCAAUUAUUUCCUACAGUUAUUGUGAUCACAUGAAAUUCCCUAUUUCAAUUAGUUCUGAACCUUGUAUAAGAUUGAGGGGAACCAAUGGAUUUGUACAUAUUGAGUUCAUUCCAAGAGGAAACUUAAGAAAUUUAUACUUCAACCUAUUCAUCAAUGUCAACUCCAUAGAGUUGCCGAAGCGCAAGGAAGUUGUUUGCCACGGCCACGACGAUGAUGAGUAUUCUUUUUGCAGAGCUCUGAAAGGAGAGACUGUGAAUACAUCAGUACCAUUCUCUUUUGAGGGAAUACGAUUUCCUAAGGGCCAUCACAGAUGUGUUGUAGAAGCCAUUGCUGGGGAUACCGAAGAAAAGCUCUUCUGUUUGAAUUUCACCAUCAUUCACCACCGAAUCGCCUCACAAACCAGACAAACACUGAUUUCAGUCAGACAGAAAUAGUUCAUUGAGCAUAGGACCCAGAAAGGGUUGAAGGAGCUAGAGGGGUCAAGGACAACACAAGAAAACCUACAGAAUCAACCAACUUGCCUGAACUACCAAUCAGGGGUCCUGCAUGUGAAGGAGCCAGCCGUGUCAAGAACACCACAAGAAAAUCUACAGAAUCAACUAACCUGUGUUAAUAGGGGCUCACAGAGACUAAACUGUCAACCAGAGAGCAUACAUAGCACUGACCUGGGCCCUCUGCACAUAUGUAACAUACAUUCAGCUUGGUCUUCAUAUUGGAC